AUGCCUACUAUUGGUGUAAAACGAAGUUUACUUUUCCAAGAACUUGGCCGAACAUACACGGACGAAGAAUUUGAUCAAUUAUGUUUCGACUAUGGUUUGGAAUUAGACAAAAUUGAACCUAUUCCCGAUUCUACUGAUGUUGAAUACAAAGUCGAAAUUCCAGCUAAUCGUUAUGAUAUUCUCUGUUUGGAAGGUCUAAGUCGAGCAUUAAAUAUCUUCUUACAAAAAGCUGAACUUCCAAAAUUUACAUUGUCGAAUCAAAAAUCAAUUCGCAUGAAAAUCUUACCAAAUACCCAACGGAUUCGUCCGUUUGUCGUUGGCGCCGUUCUUCGCAAUGUAUCAUUUACUCCUGAUAGUUAUAACAGUUUCAUCAAACUUCAAGAUAAACUCCAUCAAAAUUUAUGUCGUAAUCGAACACUGGUGGCAAUUGGCACUCAUGAUCUGGAUACAAUUCAACCGCCGUUCAUCUACGAUGCUCGCGAACCGAAACAAAUUAAAUUUCGAUCGUUAAAUCAACAAAAGGAAAUGCAAGCGGAUGAAAUGUUGGAAUUUUACGCGAAGGAUACACAUCUCAGACGUUACGUUUCCAUCAUUCAAGAUUCCGACGUUUAUCCGGUGAUUUACGAUUCCAAUAACGUCGUCUUGUCACUUCCCCCGAUUAUUAAUGGUGAUCAUAGUAAAAUGAGUGUGAAAACCAAGAAUGUUUUCAUCGAAUGUACGGCAGUGGAUCUUCACAAGGCCAAUACGGUAUUAAAUACCAUGCUAACAAUGUUCGCGCAAUAUUGUAGUAAACCAUUUGAGAUUGAACCGGUCGAAGUCGAGCAAGUCGAUGGUAAAGUCAUUGUUUAUCCCAAUUUAGCUGAACGAUUCGAAUCAGUCUCAGUGAAAAAGAUUAAUCAACGUAUCGGUAUCAAUGUCGACGCUCAAACAGCAGCAACACUUUUGAAUCGAAUGAGCCUUCGCGCUACAGUGCUCGAUGCUGACACUCUUCGCGUGGAAAUUCCGGUGACGCGAACCGAUAUUCUUCAUUUCUGCGAUAUUGCUGAAGAUUGUGCUGUUGCUUACGGUUUCAACAACAUCGUCAAAACAGUGCCGAAAACAAGCUGUAUCGGAAAUCAGUUUGAAUUGAAUCGCGUCUCAGAUCUCAUUCGACAUUCAGUCGCUGAAGCUGGCUUCACGGAAGCAUUGACAUUUACUCUAUGUUCUUGUUCGGAUGUAGCAGAGAAAUUCGGAAAAACUAUUGAAAACAUUCCGGCAGUUCAUAUUGCUAAUCCGAAAACGCAAGAGUUUCAAAUUGGUCGAACGACACUUCUACCAGGUUUACUGAAGACAAUUUUCAAGAAUCAAGAUACUCAGCCGAUUCAGCUUUUUGAAGUUUCGGAUAUCAUUCUCAAAGAUGCAACACAAGAAACCGGCAGUCGCAAUGAACGACAUUUGUGUGCAUUAUUCUACAAUAGAACACCCGGUUUUGAAAUAAUUCACGGUCUACUCGAUCGCAUCAUGACUUUAGUUAAAAUUCCAUACAAUGAGAGCCAAUCCGGUAAUGAAGGUUAUUAUUUAAACAAUCAAUAUGAAGAUUCCGCAUUUUUUCCUGGUUCGUAUGCGCAAGUCAUCGUCAAAGGUCAAAACGUUGGUGUCAUCGGUGUUCUUCAUCCGAAUGUAAUCGAACAAUUCGGACUGAAAGUGCCAUGCUCAGCACUCGAGAUCAAUAUCGAGCCAUUUGUUUGA